GACGCAGACUUUUGGGGGGUCACUGUGUAACGAUAGCCGCCCGCUGGCGAGCCAAACGCCAGUGAACUGCGUCAUCAAAUGGUCACAAUUCAAGAGUGUUAGCAUUGCGUCAAAUAGGCUCAGCCUUCAUACAUGUUAUAAGGAGAAACAUUGCCGUAGAUUUAACAGUUGCUGAUUCUCUGCUCUAAUUGCACUCCUCGAAAAUAAAUCAAGAGAUAUCGUCAAGAUGACGUUCGGAACGACCGACUUCAAGUGUGCACUUGUGACUGGUGGCGGUGGAGGCCUCGGACUGGCAAUCGCGCAGCACUUUCAUAGAGAGGGCAAGAAGAUCAUCAUCUGUGGCCGUACAAAGUCAAAGCUGCAAGAAGCUGUGAAGACUUUAGACAAUGCGCCUUACUACGUCCUGGACACAGGAAAGAUUGAAUCCAUCCCCGAAUUCAUCAUCAAGCUCACCAAGGAACACCCCGAGCUGGAUUGCCUCAUCAACAAUGCAGGUGUUCAGAGACCGCUCAGCGUCAAGGACAUGAAGGCCGACGAAUUUCUCGAAAAGGCCGAUCAAGAAAUCUCGAUCAAUGUGCGCGGACCGAUGCACCUCGCCGUUGGCCUUUUGCCUCAUUUUAGGUCAAAGUCUGGCGCGGUCAUCAUGAACGUAUCAUCCCUUCUCGGCUUCGUUCCGUUCUCUAUCAUCAAUCCCGUGUACAACGGAACGAAGGCUUGGGUACACUUUUGGAGCAUGAAUCUACGAACGCAGCUCGAGCAUGCUGGAGACAACAUCCGCGUCGUUGAGAUCGCGCCGCCGGCUGUUGGUACAGACUUGCACCGGGAGCGGGAGGACCCUGACGACAACAAGAAGCAUAAGAACCCGGUCUCGUUGUCGGUCGAGGAGUUCAUGGAGGACUUCGUCUCGCAACUGAAUGAGGGCAAGGAGACCAUCGGCGCUGGCCCCAGCAUUGCUGUGGUUGACAGAUGGUAUAAGGAGUUCUCAGGUGAUUAUGAAAAGGCUGCCAAGAAAAAGUAACCGAGAUUGAGGACACGUGAAUGAAUGUAUACAUGAUUAGAGAGAUACCAACCAAAUAAACAUAUAUAAUUUGUAUCAGCGAGUGGCAGUAUGAUCAACCGU